AUGGACCGCUGUUUAAUCGAGGACAAUUUCAACUCGGGUAUUAUCUUUGAGGGUGUGACUGCAAAUAGUACGAUAUCAAUUUGGAACACAAAUUUUACCCAAAACCGAGGGUCUACGAUUUCGGUGGCGCUGAUACGCGACACUGACGUCGUUAUACGUGGAAACGUCUUUACGACGAAUCAUCUCAACGACUUUGGUGACCAUGAAGCCGUUAUCAAAAUCGCUACCUUUGCUGAAACGUCAGAACCUAAAAUCCACAUUAUGGACAACCGCUUCGAGCAGAACGCCAUGAACAAUGUGAUGGAGUUGCGUCAUCUCGGAGGUAAAACUAUACCGGUACUGAUAGAAAAGAACAAUUUUGUUGGGAAUCUUGCUCGAUCGGUGGUCGAUUUGGACGUGCCUAGAGUGGUUGUCAGAGGAAACUACUUCAGUAAUUCGUCGUGCGAAAUAACCAAGCCUCACCCACUCAUGCGGGAUACUGUAGCGAAUUACUGGGGACAUGAAAAGGAUACAGAUCCGAAGGCAAUGGCGGAACCGCUGCGGCCACAUCGACCUACGGGUCUUAUUCGAACGACCACUCCCAAGGCUGCAGCGAUGGCUGCGGUGCUGAAGCCGUUCGAAAACACCUAUAAUCAAGUGAAAGCCAGACCACUGCCGUACAGCGUCAGCUCGAAGUGGUCCGUAUCUCAGGAUCAAAUUGUCAUCUGUCGAUUCCGCAGCCGAUUGGCUUUUGCUCAGGCAUUGAUUCACUGUCCAGGAAAAGGCAAACUCUACCUUAACGGUACAGCAGACCGUCCGAUUCGGCUGUUUGGUGAGUCGACGUGGCGAGGAUUGGUGGUCAAACCCGGUGGCACCCUAGUUCUGAGCCACGCGAUAAUCGAAGGCUCCCCCGCAUUCGAUCGAUUGUGGAAUAAGAUUCUGACAACAGUGCAGGUACAUGGUGUCGAAAUAACAGCAAACGCGCCGUCAGACGUUGACCCUCGGCAACUCCCGUCAUUGAGCGACCAAAAGGCUCAGGAAUUGGUGUCGAUGAGAGGAAAAGGAUCUAUAGCCAUAAGAAAUGUUGCAAUCCGAGACGGCUGGGGUUCCGGUAUCGAUUUCAUAUCACCAGCUGAAGACAUUCGAAUCGAGAACGUUUCAGUGACGAAUGGCUCAUCCUAUUCGAUUCACAUUGUCGAAUUCCCUCUGCUGCCACUGAAAUCGGUUUUACUCCAAAACGUGAGCGUCACCGAUCAGAACCGUGGCCACGCUGGUGUGCUUGUCACCAGUGGAUGGGUGGAACGGAUCGAGAUCGAUCAAUCUUUCUUCACAAGAAAUACCGUCCCGAGCUUAAUCAUUGGACUUGAGUGUCACGCGCAGAAGUCUCCUAACUCGAAUGACGAACACGACAUUUGUGAACAACGAGGAUACAGUGGCUCAUUUUGA